UGGACUAUGGAGCUGUAAAAAUAGGCACUUCUAUUCCUGUGUCAGAAAAGGAUGGAGAGAAAUUAAAUUCAUUUGCACCAACAGUCACAUCAAGGAUUUCAGAAAAUAUGGAAAACACAGCUCAGUUGGAAACAAAAACAGACACACAUCCUUCUCUGAACCUAAGUGUGUCUAUAAAUGCCACAUCUACACUUCAUUUUCCUUUGACAUCAUUGGAAGUACCUAUGAUUCAACCUUCCUUGCAUUCUGACCAAUUUUAUGUAACAUUCAUCAAUGGACAGAAAGAUAGUUUAGCCAUGCAGCAAAUUCUAGAUAAAACCCCAUUUGCCUAUGCGAAUGCUUUGCAUUAUCAAACUGAAAUACUAACACUGUCUUUUGAGUCUUCAUGCUUAGACAGUGACUGCACAAGUUCAUCACCGAAUCCAAUAAAUGUGGAGAGUCUAUCACAAACUAUGAAUAUGGCUAGACAGGGUUAUGAGUUCACAAGAGCUUCUGAUUAUGUACAAGAGAAUAGCUACUCAUUUAAGAACAGUGGUUUUCUAGGAAAACAAAAUCUACAUAAAUAUAACUUGUUUAUAGAGAGGGUACCUUUGGAAAUGUUGCAAACUCAUAGUUAUAGACCUCAAAUAAAAGCAAGUUCGCAGUUUGGGAGCAACUCAGGAGCACUAAUGUUUUCUACACCAUUGCAAUCAAAAAGCCUUUUGAAUAACCUUGAUCAAAAUUUUCCUGGCUAUGGCUAUUCAUGGAAUGAAGAGCAAAACAUACAGAGAAGCCCACUAAAUGGACUCCUAACUAACAGUGAACAGCAAUCUGCAGAAGAUACAGAAAGUAGACUUACCCCUUCUCUUCAUCUGGAACAUGCAGAAAUGCUUGAUGGUCAAGUGGCUUAUAAAAGUAUUAGAUUUAAUAUAGAAACCACUGUCUCAGGAGACAAAUCAGUUUGGAAGAUACAUCACCAUUCCAGCAAGCAUAAUGAUAGUCCUGUUAAUAAAAGAUUAUCCUCCAAUAAUAUCCAGGGUAUUGAUUUGUUGUAUACAUGGAAAAUUUCACCAUCUUUGGAUUCUGAAAGAACAUUUACUCACUCUUCUUUUUUAGAAGUGCAUAAAAUUUCAGUGGUUACCAGCAUGUUAGUCCAGUCUUCUCCAUCUGUUGAAACUUUAAAACAUGUUAAUGAAAAUACAUUAAUUCACACAGAAAUGAUGUCUGGAAUUACAUUCCUUCAUAACACAGAAGUUCAAAACUCAGUAAAAGCAUCAGCUUAUGAAAAUCCUCUCACCAGUGUGGUGUCUGAAACAAAUCAAAGUAUUGUGCCUAAAAUAACACUGAAUCCUGAUAGCAGCUCUCCAAAAUUGCUUUUCUCUUGUUUUUUAUGUAACUCCUUCAAUGGGUUGGACUGCCCUUGUGGACCUGAGGUCAAGCACAGGGGGCUGUUCUACAGAAUUGCUUUUACAGUCUACAAUGAAAAAGACACUUCAGAAUCAAAUGUUCAGAAUGCAGUUGCCAGCUGGCUAAAUCACACCUUCCAGGAUUGGAAUUACACUGUUUAUGUGGUCAAUAUAAGUAUUCAACCAAGUGCUGUGAAAGACAGAGAGAGGGAAAAAAGAAACGUAGAUCAUCAGAGUUUUGAUGUUCGGGCUCUUUUGGUUUAUAAUUCUACCAACAAUAUAAGUUUAGAAGAACAAACCAUUGAGAAGAAACUCAAGAGCAAUAAUAUCAGUAUUGGGAAUGGUUGGAGAGUCAUGAAAGUAGAUGUUCAUCCCAUUGAAAAAUGUGAAAACGAAGAAAAUCCUCCAAAUUAUAUUUGGACAGAUACCAGACCCACAGUGACUGAAAGCAUACUUUGCCAUGGCAGUUCAACCCAAAUUGCAUCAAGAACAUGCUUUCUGAACCUGGAUAAUUACACAUCAUAUUGGGGUGCACCUGACCUUAGAAACUGUACAGAAAAUGCAGCAGACAUAGCCAAUCAGCUUCUCAAUCUCACGGGAGAAGGGCAACAGCUGACCUCAGACAAAGUCAAUGAUGUCAUCCAGAAACUUAAAAAAAUUGUUAAUGAUGAAGAAAUCAAUGAAUCUCUGGGUUCUACUGUAGUCACAAUAUUUUCUAAUAUUCUAACCAGUUCUGAUAGUGUUUUGGCAGCAUCAUCUUCAGAAGCUAUAAAGACCAUUGAUGCUUUAGCACUGAAAAUUCAGUUUACAGGACCCUCCAUGAGUAUCUCAGCAAAGAACUUGGCACUUGGUGUUUCCUCGCUGAAUUCAACUUCGUUCAGUGGCUCUUCCUUCAGUGUUGGUCCCCAGAACAAUACUUCAGACUUUCAGAUUGAUUUUCACAAAAACCAAGAAAAUUCCCUGGCCUCUGUUGCUUUGCCUCCGAGCUUAUUAAAGAAUUUAAGCCAAGAAGAUUUUGAAGCUGUAUCCAGGGCUCAGUUUACUUUCUUUAAUAAAAGUGGACUCUUCCAGGAUCCUGGAGAUAACACCAGUUUAAUCAGUUAUGUGGUGGCAUGCAGUAUUGGCAACAUUACUAUUCGUGAUCUCCAAGAUUCUGUAAAGAUUACAAUUAAGCAUACCAUUAAGAAGGACAAAACCCAGAAGACUUCUAAUCCUACCUGUGCUUUUUGGGAUAUGGACAAAAACAAGGGCCAAGGUGGAUGGAAUACCUUAGGCUGUGCUGUACAAACAGCAUCAAAGGAGGAUGAGACUGUUUGUUUAUGUUCUCAUCUUACACACUUUGGUGUACUGAUGGACCUACCAGGAACUGCUCCACAGAUAGAUCCUGAAAACACUAAAGUACUCACUUUCAUAACAUACAUUGGUUGUGGAGUAUCUGCCAUAUUUUCAGCUGCAACUCUUCUGACAUACAUUGCUUUUGAAAAAUUACGACGAGAUUAUCCUUCCAAAAUCCUAAUGAAUUUGAGCACAGCCUUGCUUUGCCUGAACUUGGCCUUCCUCCUUGAUGGCUGGAUUGCGUCAUUUGACAUAGAGGGCCUCUGCAUCGCUAUUGCUGCCCUUUUGCAUUAUUUCCUUCUAGCAACUUUUACAUGGAUGGGCUUGGAAGCAGUUCACAUGUAUAUAGCUCUAGUGAAAGUGUUCAAUACAUACAUUCGGCGAUACAUACUAAAAUUUUGCAUCAUUGGCUGGGGCUUGCCUGCAGUGGUAAUCAUCAUUGUUCUAGCAAGCACAAAUGCAAAUGCAAGUCUUAUUUACAACAAGGAUCUGUAUGGCAAAAAUGCUAAAGGGCAAGGUGGAGAUGAAUUCUGCUGGAUUAAGAACAACACUGUAUUUUAUGUUACCUGUGUUGGAUACUUCGGAAUUAUGUUUCUCAUGAAUAUUGCCAUGUUUGUUGUGGUAAUGAUGCAAAUCUGUGGGAGAAAUGGAAAACGUACCAAUCGAACUAUGCGGGAAGAGAUACUGAGAAACCUUCGUAGCGUUAUUAGCUUGACCUUCCUACUAGGAAUGACAUGGGGCUUUGCUUUUUUUGCCUGGGGACCACUGUAUCUUCCUUUUGUGUACCUCUUUUGUAUUUUCAACUCACUGCAGGGUCUAUUUAUAUUUAUAUUCCACUGUGCUAUGAAAGAAAAUGUGCAGAAACAAUGGAGACGACAUCUCUGUUGUGGUAGAUUCAGACUGGCAGACAACUCAGACUGGAGUAAAACAGCAACUAAUAUCAUUAAGAAGAGUUCAGACAACCUGGGGAAAUCCUUGUCUUCCAGUUCAAUUGGUUCUAAUUCAACCUAUUUGACUUCCAAAUCAAAGUCCACAUCUAAUACCUUUCUUAAAAGGAACAGUCAUUCUGACAAUGUUUUCCUUGACAAGCCUUCACCAAAAUACAUCCAAGUGGACACAGAGCAGAGUUCAAUUAUACCAGUUCACCAAGUUAUUGACAAAGUUAAGGGCUACUACAAUACUCAUUCAGAUGACUUCUAUAGAAACUUUAUAAUGUCAGACUCCUUAAGCCACAGCACAAAAUUCUGAGUUUCUGGACAUCUGGAACAAGAAAGUUCAAGAAGCAGCAUGAAGAUUCAAAAUGAUGAAGUAAAUACUACCAAAGUCUUCUGCUCCACCUAGCUAUUUGAACACUUAUUUAGCAUGUUCCUUUCAAACCCCCCCCCCCCCCACUAGUACCUAUUUUCUUUUGGAAAAAUAGAACAUCUAAUUGUUUUUUAUAUUUUUACACACACACUUGAUGCUGACUUUUUUUCAUCAGGACAGUUGUCUAAUAUCUGCUUUGUCUUGGUGGUAUAUUGGUUGUAUGCUGAUCCUAUCUGUAGCUUUACUGAGAAGAUCUUAAGAACCAGAACUAAAGUAUGUAGAGGAGAACUAUAAGCAUACUAUCAAGAUUUUUGCUGAAGAAAACUAUAAGCAUACUAUCAACAUCUUGCUUUCUCGAAGACUUUUCCUCUGUUAUGUCUUCACUUACAAGAAUAAUGAGCAUUCUUCUUUGAUGUACAGUGCUUGGGUUUCUACCCAGGAGAGUCAUCCUGCCAGCAGCACAGACAGAUUGGCAGAAUGAUCCCUCUCUCCCAUGGAGCCCCACCACCACCACCACAAAGUCCCUAGAUCUGUUGUGGGACUCUGUAUAGAGGAUUUAAAGUGAUGCAGGGAGAAAAGAGGAAAGGAAGGUCCAGUGCAUGAGCACAAGCCUCCUUGCACAAUGCUGGACAGAACCCUUGGUGUUUUAAGCAUUGUCUUUCCUCAAUCAAAGCAAAGAGCCCUGUUGUCACAGAUGUUUGUGUAUACAAACCAAAACUGUCUUCAGAUAAGAUUACCUUAAUUUUGCUUGCAUAGUCUGGGCCAUAUUUAUAACUUUGUGAAUAGAAGUAUCAAAGACUUAAAAUUCUAUGUGGAUGGAGGAGGGUGAGAAGAGUGUUUCUUUAGCUGUAGAAAUACUUAAUGAAGAAUUAAGUGUUAUAUAAAAAGUCUGCCUAGUCCUGGACCACAGGAAUUGGUCCAAAAGAUUACAUCACCUUUCCUAAUGUCUGUUUCUUAGUGUGCUCUGAAGUAUUAUUCAUAAACUUUCCUUGACUGAUUAUAACAGAUAAAAAGUUCAUAAUCUACUUCAUCAAAUAACUUCUUAUAUGUAUGAGAGUGUUAGGUUAGAAUGUGAACAGGAGUUUCCCCAUGGAUUCAGACAUGAGCCAUUCUGCACACACAUCUAUCCUUUAUAAAGAUGUGUUGUGGUUAUUGAGUAAGUGGAGAAGUCUAGUGAUUUGAGAUCACUGUGUCUUCAUAAAUCUGCCAACAGAACAUACUAUUAAUCUGUACACAUUUAUGGAUUAGGAACACAAGAAACUACUUUAUACUGAGUCAGGUCAUUUCUUCAUCUUGACCAAUGUUGUUCCACGUGGUCUCAGGCAGGAUUCUUUCCUAGAGACCUGCAGACUUCUAUUCCCUGGUAGUCUGUCAUGCAGAUAUUAACUAGGUCUGACUCUGCUUAACUUCCAAAAUCAAACUAGGUUAGGAAUAUUCAGGGCCAUAUGUUUGCCAUUCAAGACAUGCAAGUGCACUCAGAUGUUAUGAGUCCAUCAAAACAAAAGAGGUAUUUACAUUAAUGUUCUUAUUUUAUAAAACAUAGCACUUAUGCCACCAUUUAAAUUUCCUCCACAUUUUCAUAUAGCAUUCUGAAUUACAUCCUGUGGUUUCAGUAUGCAUACGUAGAUCCACUAAAGACAAUGUGCAUAAUCUUUACCUAGGAAAUGUAUUGUAAUAUUUAUUGUAUAUACAUACAUCAUAUUUUCCACUUGGAUGAAAUCUUUGGUUAAAUAGAAAUUUCUCAAGUAAAAAAAAAAGGAAGUGAAACACAAAACAUUUUUUGUCAUGACUCAGUUCCUCUUGUGAUAACCCUUCAGGUUUGCUUACUUGUCUGCCUCUCCAGAAGUUUACAAGACACUGUUCGGUUCCACCCACUCAGAAUUAAGUCCUUAAUUUGAAUACAAUAGGAUUUACUCGGAAGUUGGUUUCUAUAGAUUGGAGCCUUCAGAUUUUAGGCUCCCAUUACCAACUGGUCAGUUAUAGACUUCGCCUGUAUUGCCUGCUCCUAUUAUCUCUGUGUUGAUGUCUGCAAUAUAUUGUUCAAGAUUUUUAUAAUUCAUCACAACACUUUUCUUCUGCAUCACUCAUGUUUAACUGGACUUCUUUAUAUAUGUACUCCAAUUAAAUUGUCUAGUCCCUUGAAGUACAAACUGUUUAGUGCCUAUUCAGAAUUGACCUAAACCAAAUAUGUCAUAUCAAAUGCAUUGUGGAUCAGACUGAGUCUGAACUAUAUGAUGCCUGAUAAUGACAUUAAAUUAAGUCAGAAUCUAACUGAAUUAACAGUUUCAGCAGGGAGAAGAGCAAAAACUGUAUGUAAGCAUUGACAAAUUUUGUAUAGGAUUAUCUCUCUUUCUUAGUAGUUUUCAGAAAAUACAUUUAGUGUGACAUUUGUUUAGGGGAAAUUGCUUAAAGGGAAGGUUAAUUCUUUUGAACAAUUAGAAAUUAAUAAAAUUAAACAGUUAAAUAGAGGUUAAAAAGUAGAAUUUUACCAAGUCAAUCCCAGCUGCUGUGUGACCAUCCAAUGAAUAUAUAUUGCCUGUAUUUUCACUAUACUAAGAAUAUCUUUUGCUUUUACUACCAUGUAGUAAUGGUAUACUAUCUAUUUCAAAUAUGCAUUUUUCCAGAGCUGUUUUUCACCCUUUCCCAAGGUAAAUCUUUGGCUUUCUUGUUGGCAUAGUAUCACCUCCUUUGUAUAUAAUUAUUUAUUUUUGAGGUUUAAAAUAUGUCAACAUAGCGUUAGCUGCAUAUUGGCUAUUCUUGUGAUUACUUGCAUCUAGUUCACAAUAAGAAAAGUAGAAAAAUCAUCUCUCAUAUAUAUAUAUUCUACUUUCUAUGUGAAAACUGUAUUGUCUGUGAUAUGGUUCAGCAGCAUGAGAGGAAAAGUGAUGUAAUUUCAAAUGCUAACUAAUGAGCACUAGUGUGAUGGAUUUAGAGUCUGACCAAAGCAGAGAUACUCAAAGUAUUUUAGUUGUUAGUAUGCCAAAUAAUUAUUCUUUUUAAUGUGAGCAGUUCUUUCUCUGUUGCUCUAUUGUGCAUGAGCAACAAAAUCAUCUGGUGGGAUGCUGGAGAAUAAACCUGCUAUUUGUUA